AGAAGCAAAAGAAUGAAUUGGUAACCUGUCAGAUUAGAUAUAAGCCUGAGGUCUCAGCCCAAGAUUACACAAGCAAGAGAAAGACAAGACCUAAUGGUGCCAUGAACCAGAAAGGGUUCAGCUCCAAAUGCAGUGCUAAAACAUAUCAAAAUGUUAGAACAUGCUGGAAAAGGUAUAAAUGUGUGGAAUGUGGAAGGUGCUUCCAUUGGAGUAGUGCAAGAAGUAGGCAUCAAAGAAUUCACACAAGGGAAGAGCCAUAUAAACGCUUGGAGUGUGGAAAGUGCUUCUCUCAGAAGGGUAAGCUAACUGUACAUCAGAUGUUUCACACAGGGAAGAAAUCAUAUAAAUGUGUAGAGUGUGGAAAGUGCUUUUUGCGGAAUGACCGCCUAAUUAUACAUCAAAGGAUUCAUACAGGGGAGAAACCUUAUAAAUGCUUGGAAUGUGGAUAUUGUUUCUCUCACAGUAGCCCCCUAAAGAAACACCAAAGGAUUCAUACUGGGGAGAAGCCAUAUAAAUGCUUGGAGUGUGGAAAGUGCUUCUCUCAGAAUGAAUACCUAAAAGCACAUCAAAGGAUUCAUACUGGGGAGAAGCCAUAUGAAUGCUUGGAGUGUGGAAAGUGCUUCCCUCACAGUAGUAACCUAAGAGCACAUCAAAAGAUUCAUACUGGGGAGAAGCCAUAUAAAUGCUUGAAGUGUGGGAAGUGCUUUUCUCAGAAUAGUGAGCUAACUAAGCAUCACAGGAUUCAUACAGGGGAGAAGCCAUAUAAAUGCUUUGAUUGUGGAAGGUGCUUUUCUCAGAACAGUGAGCUAACUAAACAUCAACGAAUUCAUACAGGGGAGAAGCCAUAUGAAUGCUUAGAAUGUGGGAAGUGUUUUUCUCGGAAUGACAGCCUAAGACUACACCAGAGGAUUCAUACUGGGGAGAAGCCAUAUAAAUGCUUGGAGUGUGGAAAGUGCUUCUCUCGCAGUAGCCACCUAAGGACACAUGAAAAGGUUCAUACUGGGGAGAAGCCAUAUAAAUGCUUAGAGUGUGGAAAGUGCUUCUCUCGCACUAACCACCUAAGGACACAUGAAAAGAUUCAUACUGGGGAGAAGCCAUACAAAUGCUUUGAGUGUGGAAAGUGCUUUUCUGUGAAAUUCAGGUUGACUACACAUCAAAAGAUUCAUACUGGGGAAAAACCAUACAAAUGCUUUGAGUGUGGAAAGUGCUUCUCUUUGAACUGCAGCCUUACUGCACAUCAUAAGAUUCACACAGGUGAGAAGCCAUAUAAAUGCUUGGAAUGUGGAAAGUGCUUCUCUCGGAAUGUACGCCUAACUUUACAUCGAAAGAUUCAUACUGGAGAAAAGCCUUAUCAGUGCUUAGAGUGUGGAAAGUGUUUUUCUCUGAAUGACUGCCUAAGAGUACAUCAAAAAAUUCAUCUUGGGGAGAAGCCACAUAAAUGCGUCGAGUGUGGAAAGUGCUAUUAUCGGAAGGACAGUUUAAGAGCACACCAAAAGAGGCAUACUGGGGAGAGGCAAUUUAAAUGCUUGAAGUGUGGGAAGUGCUUCUGUCAGGGUGGCUGUCAAGAAAACUGA